GAGAAAUCAGCCAAAAAGAUUCGACGAAUUGCACCAAAGUCCACUCAACUCCACAACUAAAAUGGCCAAAAUUCUUUCCAUUUCGUUAAAAUUCAAUAUUUUUUCUUGAUGAACGCCAAAUAUCUAGUCACCCUCUACUUUCCGUCCAUAUCAUUCCCCGCUGUCGUCCUUCACUUUCUCAGGAAACAAACAGCCGCUGGGUUUUCACAAACUGACAAAUCCAAGCAACCCCAGAUCCUCCACUCCGUUCAUUUUCCCUCUUUUCUUAUAGAAUCGCACCCCCUUUUCCUUCUUCUCCCAUGUUCUUCGUUUUUCUGUGAUGGGUCUGAAUCUUUCGGUGUUGUUUCGGCUGCAUAAUGGUUCUCCGGCGCCGUUGCCGGAGCCCGGGCUCGGGGAUUUGCCGGAGAAUUGUGUGGCGGCUGUUUUGGGGUACUUGGGUCCGCCGGAGAUUUGUAAACUGGCGCGGUUGAAUCGGGCGUUUCGUGGGGCUUCCUGGGCCGAUUUCGUUUGGGAAUCAAAGUUGCCCCCGAAUUAUGAGGCGAUUGCUCGUCGGGUUUUUGGGGGUUUUGAUUUGCCCCCGGAUUUGAGUAAGAGAGAGAUUUAUACGAGGCUUUGUCGCCAGAAUCCGUUGGAUGGUGGAAACAAGAAAGUUUGGCUGGAUAAACUUUCAGGCGGUGCUUGCUUGUCAAUUUCUUCGAUGGAUUUGAUGAUAACUGGGAUUGAUGAUCGGAGAUAUUGGAAUCGCAUCUCGACUGAAGAAUCAAGAUUCCACACUGUUGCAUAUCUUCAGCAAAUAUGGUGGUUUGAAGUUGGUGGAGAGGUAGACUUCCCGUUUCCACCGGGAACUUACAGCCUAUACUUCAGGUUGCAGUUGGGUCGUGAAUCGAGGAGGUUUGGCCGUCGAAUCUAUAACCUCGAGCACGUCCACGGUUGGGACAUAAAGCCCGUGCAAUUCCAGCUUUGGACUUCCGAUGGUCAGCAUGCCAAGACUCAAUGCUAUCUAAAGGAAGCUGGUAAAUGGACUCUGCACCACGCAGGUAACUUUCUCGUCGAUGGUCAAACCGAAUCAACAAAGAUAAAAUUCUCUAUGACACAGAUCGACUGCACGCACACGAAAGGCGGUCUGUGUUUAGAUUCAGUGCUGAUUUACCCGGUCGAGUGUGAGCAGAGAUUGAAGCGUCGUUGACUCAGGUCUGCAUUUUGGUAUAGUAGGCAGAAAUUGUGUAAAAAUAUAUAUAAUAGGUGAGUGAGAUGAGAAAGGAGGUUGAUAUUUUUGGUGAAAGCUUCUUCUCAAAUGACUGGCUUUCUGUUUUUGUGUAAGCCUAGAGUUGUUUGCUUGGAAAAUGAGGCAAUGUUAUUAUAAAAUUGUGGCUGAUUUUUUUCAUUAAUGUAUAUUUGUUGCCAGAUGAAUAAGAAGGGCUGUGUGAGAGUGGUUCUUGAAUUA